CGCUCAAUGGCGGCAAACCUCAGCACCCACCCUUUCCAGCUUCUUCCCACCACGCAAGGCGCAAGGCUUCGGCGGGCGGGCUACGCUGUAGCGAGUCCCAAAUCGACGGGAUCCUGGGAUGGGACCUGCGCCGGCUCGCCUGGACCUGGGGGGCUGACUUAGUAGGGGGACGGCGGCGGCCUCUCCAGCGGCCACGGCGGCCACGGCGGGCUGAGUGUCAAAAGGCUUGUCGAUUCAGGGCAGGGUCGGUUUGGCGUCAGCUUCAGGAUCAGGUAAUAAUUGCUGGCGAGGCAUUGUUGUGCUGGCUGUUUUACACCGACCAACAACACAACAAUACCGAUGGCGAGGGCGAGAGCCAGGGGCUCGGCAGGGCAUGUCAAGACAGGGCCAGCAGCCUGGUCGAGCAAUCGGUCACAGGCAGCGGGCUGGGCCGACACAGAAAAUCCGACAUCUCUGCGAAGUAGUAUUUGUCAACUGUUCUCGCUGCCCGCGAUGCCGGUGGAGGGUACGGAUGCAGCAUUAUUGGCCAGCGCAGCACCUAGAUGGCCGUUGACGUUGACGAACGAGACGGGAACGGGGCGCGCAGCCAAUGUAGCAAAAAGAGUCAAAGAGUCAUCAUCGUGCAGCACGCCCAGGCUGACGGUUCAGGCUGAAUGUAGUGAACACCGGCCGAGAUGCCAUCGCAUUGGCAACCUGGACUGCGCAGGGUUCAAUCCGUUGGUGGAAGCGAGGGCAUCCCCCCCUCUUGGACCUCCCCCCACCUGGUUUAAGCGCCGACGCCUGUCCGCUUUGGAUGCAGCCCCACGGGUUGGAUGCUAGGGGCAUGGAGAGCGAUGGAGAAAGGGCUUCCCCAUCCUCCACCACUUGACGCCCAGCCGGGCUGUGAUUGGGCUGAUGCAAGGCCCGGCGCGUGGGAGGUCGGAAGGGAGGGCCAGGUAACGCGCAGGUGCAGAGCCUGACCUCCCUGGGUGAUGGAGGAUUCACGACGGGGCAAGGGUCCGGGGGCGUGAGAUGAGAGGGAGACGGCGAGCCAGAGACAGACGGACAGACGGACAGACGGACAGAGACAAUGACAAA